AUGUCGGGUAUCAGACGUGCCCUUUCCAAGAUCCGUCAUAAAGGCGACAACGGAUCAGAGACCGACUCCCAUGGCCCCAGCAGCACCAACCACAGCCGCAGCAACAGUGCCAGCAACCCGGCCUCGCCUCGGCGCUCUCUCGUCAACUUCCUGCGCGAGCGUGACUACAUCUCGUCCUCCGAUGACAUGUCCGAUGACUCGUCGGCCCCCCUGAGCAAAAACCAGCAGAAGCGCAUCGCCCGCCAGCAUCGCCGCCAGGUCAAGAGCCGCCUCAGCGAGGAGCACAGGAACGACUCGGAGCAGCGUCGUCUCGACAAGGAGGAUGAAAAGUACCGCACGGAGACUCCUGAGAUGAAAGCCCGCUACGGCAACUUGCCUCUGGUCCAGAGCCAGGAACGCCAGAACCUCCCGCGCAUUCGUCUGGACGAUAUUUCCAAGGACAUGAUCGGCCAAGAGGUCUGCUUCACUGCCCGUCUGCAUAUCGUUCGUAAUAUGAGCUCCAAGCUGGUCUUUGUCGUCUUCCGCCAACAGCUGGUCACCUUUCAAGGAGUCCUCCACGCCCUGGAUGGAAAAGUAUCUACUGGCAUGAUUUCAUGGGUUGAGCAUUUGCGAACAGGCACCAUUGUCCGCGUGCGUGGUAUCAUGCAGACCCCUGCCGUCCCUGUCUUGGGCUGCACCCAUCAUGACGUUGAACUUUCCAUUGAGCAGUUCCACGUUGUCGUGCGCCGUGAAGACCCCGUGCCAUUCUCCGUCUAUGAAGCCGAGGUCCGCACCGAGGAGGAAGACCGCGUCGAAGGCCGCUUCAGCCAUAUCUCAGACCGAACCCGUCUGUCUAACCGUAUUCUCGAUCUCCGAACAGGCACCGCCCAGGCAAUCUUCCGUCUCCAGUCGGCCGUGGGUAACCUGUUCCGUGCCGCUCUCGACGAACGCAGGUUCAUCGAGAUCCAUUCUCCCAAGCUCCAGGGUGCUGCUACCGAGUCUGGCGCGAGCGUCUUUGAGGUGAACUACUUUGGGCGCCCCGCCUUCCUCGCACAGAGUCCCCAAUUAGCAAAGCAGAUGGCCAUUGCCUCCGACUUUGACCGUGUGUACGAGAUUGGCGCCGUUUUCCGCGCGGAGAACUCGAAUACACACCGUCAUCUGACCGAGUACACUGGAUUGGAUAUUGAAAUGGCCAUUGAGGAGCACUACCAUGAAAUGCUAGAGACUAUUGACGCUACGCUUAAGCAUAUUAUCAAGGGAUUGUACAGCAAAUUCCGCCGCGAGAUCGAGACAGUCAAACAUCAAUUCCCGUCGGAGGACAUUGUGCUCCUCGACGAGACUCCCAUAAUUCCAUUCAAAGACGCAGUGAAGCUGUUGAACGACUCGGGCUGGCGAAAUGAAGACGGAGAGCUGGUUCCGGACGACGAAGACUUGCAUACUCGCGAUGAGAUCAGAGUAGGCCAGCUGGUGAAAGAAAAGUAUGGUGCCGAUUACUAUAUCAUUGACAAGUUCCCCGUUUCCGCUCGGCCAUUCUAUACCAUGCCCGACCCGCACGAUGCUGCGUAUACCAACUCUUUCGACAUGUUUGUUCGCGGCCAGGAGAUUGUCUCGGGCGGUCAGCGUAUCCACGACCCUACCAUGUUGGAGGAGAAUAUGAGGAAAGUUGGCAUCGAUCCCGCCGCCAUGGAUGACUACCUUGAAGGCUUCAGAUGGGGGGCGCCACCUCAUGCCGGUGCUGGUGUCGGACUGGAGCGUUUCCUCAUGCUUGUCCUGAAGCUAGGAAACAUCCGCCUGGCUUCCAUGUUCCACCGUGACCCCAAGAGCUUCCCCGCCAAGCCAGCGGUUGCUAACCUCCGACAUCCUGAGGCUUCUACUCUGGAACCAGCCUGGUUGAAAGAAAACCACACUCCCCGGGCCGAAAGUGAAGACGAAAUGCCACGUCUAGUAGAUCUCAUUGCCAACUAUGGCGAUGCUACGUCGACGUCCUGGACGGAUGAGCGCUAUAAGAUCUGGCGUGAUCCCAGCACGGGGGCUGCCAUAUCGUAUAUUCCUAGCUACAACCACGCCAUCAUCCCCGGCGAUCCCCUGUGCGACCCAAGCCAGUACCACCGCGUCAUCACUUCUUUUCUGCACUGGCUCAAGCGUGAAACCAAGCUCAAGCCCAUCUGGCUUCUCCUCUCGCCAGCAGUCGAGGAGCUUUUGGGCGAGAAGCUGGGAUGGCGCAGCCUGUCCUGCAUUGCCGAAGAGGUGGUGGAUCCUAGUCGCAACAUGAUGGCGUCCGACACGGAAAUUGCUCGAAAGAUCCGCCACGCCGAGAACGAAGGGGUCAAGAUCUUCUCGGUCCCCCCGGGCCAACUGCCGUCGGAGGAAAUUCGAAGCAAGAUCGACCAGCGCGUCAAAGAUUGGCUGGCCAACCGCAAGGGCACUCAAAUCCAUCUAUCCGAAAUCGCCCCGUGGCGCGACUACGAGCACCGGUGGUACUUUUACGCACAAGACAAGGAGGGCAACAUCCCGUCGUUUGUGGCCCUGGCCAUGCUUGCUCCACAGCGCGGUAUGCAAGUGAAAUACAGUCUUGACUUCCCCGGAGCGCCCAAUGGAACGAUUGAGUACAUUGUCACACACGCGAUCCAGACGGCAGCCAAGUCGGGUAUCAAGUCCCUUACGUUUGGCGCCGGUGCCACCUCGCGCCUGACGCCUGGCCACCACAUGAAGGGAGCCAAGGUGCGCAUGUUGCAGCACACAUACGAGGCUGUCGCGAAACAAUUCCACCUGACGCGCAAGAGCGAGUUCCGCAUGAAGCUGGGAGCCCACGAAGAGCCCUUGUACAUUGCCUAUCCUCCUCAUGGGCUUGGAUCACGCGGAAUCCGCGCCAUUAUGAACUUUUUCGAAGACUAG